AUGGCAGCUGCAGCUGAUAAAGUAAAACCCUACAUACCUCUUGCCGGGUGCGCCGAUGAUGGCUGGACAAAAGAAGACCAGGCAACAGCCACAUGUUACUGUGGCGGGGUGCAGUUGGCAUUUCCAACACAAGGCCCAGGCCUAGUCGACACGUUCGUUUGUCAUUGUACAGACUGCCGCAAAAUCACCGCGUCUAUGUUCGCCACCAAUUUCAUUAUCGCAGACACGUACCUCCAACACAUACGAGGCAAAGAAACCCUUACAACGUUCAAACAGUCGAAAACUAUUGCCUCCGGCAAGGCUAUGACGAACUGCUUCUGUUCUACGUGUGGCUCGCUCAUGUACCGCAUCAGUGAAGCUUUCCCGGGACACAGUAUCCUGCGUACCGGUACAGUAGAUGAUUUCAAUCUGCAUGAAACUAAAUUGAGGCCUAGAAUUGAGAUGUACACCAAGGACCGUGUGGGAUGGCUGUGUGGUGCGAGUGGCGUCAAGCAGGUGGAGGGAUCGAUGUCUACUCCAAAGACCACUGGUCCUCCAAGACUUUAG